AUGAAAGUUCAAACUGGUGUCUCAAGCAAAGAUCUUUCAACUCUCAAAGAAAUGGCUGAACUUGAGAAACACAAGGAAUCAAUGGAGGCUUCAAAAAUGAACGAAGAGAAUUCCAAAGUCGAGGCUGAAACAGAGAAAGCAGAAGAAGAACAUAAAACUGAUGUUGUCGACAAAAUCAAUGUUGCCAAAGCCAAAUGGGAGACUUGUUUCCUGAAACCAGACAACUGCUGUGUUGUCAAAGCUGUUCGGAAGUUAACCAACUAA